AUGGAGUCUGCGCACUCCAAGAGCACCGAAGAAUGUCUAGCCUAUUUUGGGGUGCACGAAGGCACGGGCCUCAACCUUGACCAAGUCAAACGACACCUGGAGAAAUACGGCCCCAACGAGCUCCCUGCAGAGGAAGGCAAGUCCCUAUGGGAGCUGGUGGUGGAGCAGUUUGAAGACCUUUUGGUGCGCAUCCUCCUGCUGGCUGCCUGCAUCUCCUUUGUGCUGGCCUGGUUUGAAGAAGGUGAGGAGACCAUCACAGCCUUUGUUGAGCCUUUUGUCAUCCUCCUCAUCCUCAUCGCCAAUGCCAUUGUUGGGGUCUGGCAGGAGCGGAAUGCAGAGAACGCCAUUGAGGCCCUGAAGGAGUACGAGCCCGAGAUGGGCAAGGUGUAUCGGGCUGACCGCAAAUCCGUCCAGCGCAUCAAGGCCCGUGACAUUGUUCCCGGUGACAUAGUGGAAGUGGCUGUUGGAGACAAAGUCCCCGCCGACAUCCGCAUCCUGUCUAUCAAGUCCACCACUCUCCGGGUUGACCAGUCCAUCCUCACAGGUGAGUCUGUCUCGGUCAUCAAACACACGGAUCCCGUCCCCGACCCCCGAGCUGUCAAUCAGGACAAGAAGAACAUGCUCUUCUCGGGCACCAACAUCGCCGCCGGGAAGGCCAUCGGCAUCGUGGCCACCACAGGGGUCAGCACGGAGAUCGGGAAGAUCCGGGACCAGAUGGCGGCAACGGAGCAGGAGAAGACGCCGCUCCAGCAGAAGCUGGACGAGUUUGGGGAACAGCUGUCCAAGGUCAUCUCCCUGAUUUGCGUGGCCGUCUGGCUCAUCAACAUCGGCCAUUUUAAUGACCCCGUUCACGGUGGCUCCUGGUUCCGUGGCGCCAUCUACUACUUCAAGAUCGCCGUGGCCUUGGCAGUGGCGGCCAUCCCUGAAGGGCUGCCUGCUGUCAUCACCACCUGCCUGGCUCUGGGCACCCGCCGGAUGGCCAAGAAGAACGCGAUCGUGAGAAGCCUUCCGUCCGUGGAGACGCUGGGCUGCACUUCCGUCAUCUGUUCGGACAAGACCGGCACCCUCACCACCAACCAGAUGUCGGUCUGCAAGAUGUUUGUCAUCGAUAGAGUGGAUGGGGAUGUCUGCUCCCUGAACGAGUUCUCCAUCAGCGGCUCCACAUAUGCUCCCGAGGGAGACGUCAUGAGGAACGAUAAGCCGAUCCGUGCCGGUCAGUACGAUGGCCUGGUUGAGCUGGCCACCAUCUGCGCCCUCUGCAACGACUCCUCCCUGGACUUCAACGAGUCCAAGGGUGUAUACGAGAAGGUCGGGGAGGCCACCGAGACAGCGCUCACCACCCUGGUGGAGAAGAUGAACGUGUUCAAUACCGAAGUGAGGAACCUGUCCAAGGUGGAGAGGGCCAACGCCUGCAACUCUGUGAUCCGCCAGCUGAUGAAGAAGGAGUUCACCCUGGAGUUCUCCCGGGACAGGAAAUCCAUGUCGGUCUACUGCUCUCCAGCCAAGUCUUCCCGGGCGGCCGUAGGCAACAAGAUGUUUGUGAAGGGGGCCCCCGAGGGCGUCAUUGACCGGUGCAACUACGUGCGGGUGGGCACCACCCGGGUGCCGCUGACCGGGCCCGUGAAGGAGAAGAUCUUGGCCGUGAUCAAGGAGUGGGGCACGGGCCGCGACACCCUGCGCUGCCUGGCCUUGGCCACCCGAGACAGCCCGCCCAAGCGGGAGGACAUGUUCCUGGAUGACUCCGCCAAGUUCAUGGAGUACGAGACGGACCUGACAUUUGUCGGGGUGGUGGGCAUGCUGGACCCCCCCAGGAAGGAGGUCAUGGGCUCCAUCCAGCUGUGCCGGGACGCCGGGAUCCGGGUCAUCAUGAUCACCGGGGACAACAAGGGCACGGCCAUCGCCAUUUGCCGGCGCAUCGGCAUCUUCGGGGAGAACGAGGAGGUGACGGGCAAGGCCUACACCGGCCGAGAGUUCGACGACCUGCCCCUCGGGGAGCAGCGGGACGCCUGCCGUCGCGCCUGCUGCUUUGCCCGGGUGGAGCCCUCUCACAAGUCCAAGAUCGUCGAGUUCCUGCAAUCCUUCGAUGAGAUCACCGCUAUGACGGGCGAUGGGGUGAACGACGCCCCCGCCCUGAAGAAAGCAGAAAUCGGCAUCGCCAUGGGCUCCGGCACGGCCGUGGCCAAGACGGCGUCGGAGAUGGUGCUGGCCGAUGACAACUUCUCCACCAUCGUGUCAGCCGUGGAGGAGGGCCGGGCCAUCUACAACAACAUGAAGCAGUUCAUCCGCUACCUCAUCUCCUCCAACGUUGGCGAGGUGGUCUGUAUCUUCCUGACAGCUGCUCUGGGUCUGCCUGAGGCUCUGAUCCCCGUGCAGCUGUUGUGGGUGAACCUGGUGACAGACGGGCUCCCCGCCACUGCCCUGGGCUUCAACCCUCCCGACCUGGACAUCAUGGACCGGCCUCCCCGCAGCCCCAAGGAGCCCCUCAUCAGCGGCUGGCUCUUCUUCCGCUACAUGGCCAUCGGAGGUUACGUGGGCGCAGCCACCGUGGGGGCCGCCGCUUGGUGGUUCCUGUACGCAGACGACGGGCCCCACGUGAAUUACAGCCAGCUGACCCACUUCAUGCAGUGCUCAGAGGAGAACCCGGACUUCGAGGGUCUGGACUGUGAGGUCUUCGAGGCACCCGAGCCAAUGACCAUGGCCUUGUCCGUACUGGUCACCAUAGAAAUGUGCAAUGCCCUCAACAGCCUGUCAGAGAACCAGUCCCUGCUGCGGAUGCCCCCCUGGGUGAACAUCUGGCUUGUCGGCUCCAUCUGCCUCUCCAUGUCCCUCCACUUCCUCAUCCUCUACGUUGACCCUCUGCCGAUGAUCUUUAAGCUGCGAGCGCUGGAUGUUACCAAAUGGCUGAUGGUCCUGAAGAUCUCAGUUCCAGUUAUUUUCCUGGAUGAGCUCCUCAAAUUUGUCGCCCGGAACUACUUGGAAGGGUAACCUGUUUCCCCCUCCUCCAACUCCUUGAAUCCGUGUCACAGAUCCGGAAGAUGAACGAAGGAAGUAAUCCACCCUCUGCCCCGAGAUUUCCCUCUCCCGCUCCCUGGCCCCUGGGUAGAGCGAUGCAACAACUUCACUCUGAUCUGUGGCACGGCUUUCCCACCUCCCCUCAUCCCCAGUCCCUCCACGUCUCCCUUUGCUCACACAGGACUCGCCCUCCCCCACUGCCCCCUUUUUUCUCUUUAUAACCCUCCCCCCUUCCUGCCGUUUCUUCCUCCCCCUCUUGGGGAGGCCCCUCUUCUCCACCCUUCGUCAUUCCCUGGGGUUGCAGGGACAAAGUGACUGUCUGAGCUGCUUAUUUAUUGAAAUUAAAGGAGAGAACACGCCA